UCACUGAAGGACACUAUGAGAAGAAACUUCACCUCUGUGACUGAGUUCAUUCUCGUAGGACUGACUGACCGCCGAGAACUGCAGAUUCUCCUCUUCCUGCUGUUUCUGACCAUUUAUGUGGCCACCGUGGCAGGGAACCUGGGCAUGAUUGUCCUCAUCCAGGCCAAUGCCCGGCUCCACACGCCCAUGUACUUUUUCCUGAGCCACUUGUCCUUUGUGGACCUGUGCUUCUCCUCCAAUGUGACUCCGAAGAUGCUGGAGAUUUUUUUGUCACAGAAGAAAACCAUUUCCUAUCCCGCUUGUCUGGUGCAGUGUUACCUAUUCAUAGCCUUGGUCCAUGUGGAGAUCUAUAUCCUGGCUGUGAUGGCCUUUGACAGGUACAUGGCCAUCUGCAACCCUCUGCUUUAUGGCAUCAAAAUGUCCAAGAGGGUGUGCACAUCCCUCAUCACGGUGCCUUAUGUGUAUGGAGCGUUGACUGGGCUGAUGGAGACCAUGUGGACCUAUGGCCUCGUCUUCUGUGGCUCCAAUGAAAUCAAUCACUUCUACUGUGCUGACCCACCCCUGAUUAAGCUGGCUUGCUCUGACACCACCAACAAAGAAACAUCAAUGUUUGUUGUGGCUGGAUGUAACCUUUCCUUUUCUCUCCUCAUCAUCCUGGUUUCUUACCUUUAUAUUUUUGCUGCUAUCCUGAGGAUUCAUUCCACAGAAGGCAGGCGCAAAGCUUUCUCUACCUGUGGCUCCCACCUGACAGCUGUUACUAUAUUCUAUACAACACUCUUCUUCAUGUAUCUUAGACCCCCUUCGAAAGAAUCUGUGGAACAGGGGAAAAUGGUGGCUGUAUUUUAUACCACAAUAAUUCCCAUGUUGAACCCCAUGAUUUAUAGCCUUAGAAACAAAGAUGUGAAAGAAGCAUUAGCCAGAGAGCUGUUAAGGAACAAUAUGUUUCCCUAGAAGAUAUCACUGUUCUUUUGG